UUAAAAAACAGAGAGGAUUUAUUGCAAAAUCUGUGUUAACUUAGAAGGAGUUUGGUGCUUAUACAUUUAAUUAGUUAAAGAAGUCUGUGUAAAAUGGUCACCAGGAGGCGCUGUCAGGCCUGUCUUUCUCCUGUGUUUUGAAGUUAACCAAUAUGCUAUUAGUCUUGUUUCAUAAUCCCAAAUCAAUGAAGCAACAUUCCUAGCAAAUUGUUGAUUCGCAAUAUAAGAUUGAGACCAAAAACAACUUUUUAUUAUUAAAAUUAAAUUAUUUUAAAAAAGUAUAUGUUUACGUCAUAAUACAUUGAAACCUGUUAUGGGGAUAGAAUCCGGUUAUACGGUUUUGACUCUGAAAUUCUUGUUGUGGCCAAAAAAACAAUGUCAUACCAUCUAUUGCUUAGGAUGAUUUUGGAGGUAGUGAGCCAUCCAUGUGCAUAUCAGCAUCUCCAUGGCAACCACUGUAAACCAUUAAUGCCAACACUAGCUAUGGUCAUCUGAUGUUAAUUCUUCAUUUUCAUUUCGUGAGGAGUAUUUUGGGGGGACUUUAAACUCAAACAGACAAGCAAAAUGACAAAAAUGUAAUAAACACACUUUUUGUAAUCUUUGAAUUACGCCUGGUUCAUGUUUUGUAAACCUCACAAACUCACAUCAGCGCUCUUCAUGGAUGACCAACCCCACUCAACUGAGGUCAGUGAUGAUGUCACUUCCCCUCGCAAUCCCUUUCUCUCUCAUUCUCCUUAAAAGCCAUCUGAAGUAACUUACAACUUCAUUCUUUCUCGGCUGUGCCAUAAACACACAGUAUUUAUCUGUCAACAUAGAUGACUACCCAACAAAGAAGGCUUAACAGUGUUUAGAUAUCAUUGCUGCAUGUUUGCUUCUUGCAUGUGCUAUUUGCAUCAGUGAGGCAGAGAGCAUGAGGUCUAUAUUUGACACGCGAGUGUUUAGUUCAGCCGUUUAGUGUGGAGUCAGCUGUGUCAGAUGGACGAACCGUAAUGUGAGACGGGUCUGAACUACUUCCUCGCUUUAUGCCUUACACCUACCAGACAACCUGCAGUCGGGCUGCGCGGUGUUUUCACCUAUCGUCCCCGCUUCUCAGUUCCUCUUCAUGUGAAGAAGACAUUCAGUCUAAAGAGAAGAGCAAGAAACACUCUCUGGGAGGGGACGGGGACAACGAGGUGGGGAAAUUCAACUUUAUAAUUUUGUUGUCAACCCAGUGGAAUUUUGAUUGGUCCCUCCACACACGCAGGACACGCUGUGUCUCCAUCUUACUGGGCUCAUCUAUAUUCAUUGGAGACAUCUGAAACAUGGCAGAAGUCCAGAAAAAAACCUCAACCAUGUCUCUAACAAUCUCCUCAUGCUCACGGGAGACGUCGUCUUCAUCUUCAUCAUCCUCCUCUUCCACUACAGUGCUUCAGCAGAGACACUCCAGUUUAGUACAUCCCGUCUGCAUCAGCCCUCAGAUGGUUCAGAGCUCAGCACAGUGUUCUGGAAAUACUGGAGUGUCUCCAACAUUUGUGAAGUGUCUGCAUGAUGUGAGUACAGUAAAGGGUCAGCUGGUGGUUCUGGAGUGCCGGAUCAGAGGAACUCCUCCACUCCACAUGUCCUGGUACAGAGAAGAUCAACAAAUCAUCGACUCAGCAGACUUUCGUAUUCUUAGAAAGAAGGCAAGUUCAGCUUCUGUUCCCGAGGAAUUGUGCACCUUGGUCAUUACAGAGGCGUAUCCUGAAGAUUCUGGGAUGUUUCAAUGCACAGCAUCAAAUCAUUAUGGAUCCGUGUCAUGCAGUGCCGUGCUUGAGGUCUAUACAGAUCUAGAGGAAGUUAUGGGAGAUGAAGAUGUAAGCUCAGCUGGACUUGAGCAGGAUGAUCUUGCCUUCAUCCCUCCUCCUCCCGAAUGGCCUGACAGUUCUGAGGAAGAGAGCACAACUCCAUUGGCGGGGGUGUUGGAGCCUGCCAUUGAAAAAGUUACCACAUCCCUCACCAUCCCAGAGAGUGAACGCAGAUCUACCGGUCAACCGACUGCAGAAACAACAGCGGUCGAAUUGACUCCCAAACAUCCUCCGCCAUCAAAAGAAGUCAAGAACAGUGUUCCACAUCCAUUCCUCCCUGCCAGCAAGCUGAGUAAACCGGUGGAACCCAGGAGCAGUGCCAUUAACAUGGCUGACCUGCCGACCUUCACGCCAACACUUUACCCCCCCAGCGCCUUCAAUUACGAGCGGCCCCGUCAUUUUAUCCAGUCCCAGUCCAGUUUCCACAUGCCCAACAAUGACAUCAAUAAACCAAACCAUCUAAGCUCACCAACUGCCACUGCUGCACCGUCGGUGAUCCCAGCUCAGCCGGCACCCGCCCGCACAUCGAUGUGCUCCAGCGUGACUAUAAUUCCUAAAGUACGGAAUACUCCAAAUAGUGAGAAGCAAUCGUCAGCAGCAUUUCUUUCAUCUGUUCUGCCUUCUCUAGCAAGCGCUCAGCCCAAAUGCAUUUCCGUACAUCAAUCUCCAUCUCCCAGGCGUUCUCCCAUGUCGCUCAGUCCACCGCCAAAAAUACAAGAACAACCUCCGCCUCCUCCGAGCCAGCAGGUGAGUCACACUUCUUCAAGCGCCUCAUCCUGGACAUCUCCAGAUAUCUUGAAAACUGCCUCGCCUCUGCAAUCCCCACCGGUGUCUCACGUUAACUACACACCCAACAUUUUGCCAAAGCCAAUCUUGAAGAAGACUGUUUCCAGACCAGCGUCUCGUGCCACAGAUGAACAGAUCCAGGGCUCAAAAGACGCUCUUAUUCAAGACCUGGAGAAGAAGCUUAAAAACAAGGUUCCUCAACACAGGAACAGUCAGCAGAAGAUGUCCUACGAGGAACGCAUGGCCAGAAGGUUGCUGGGUCCAGACAGCGCCGCCUCGGCCUUCGAGCUCGACAACUCUUUCGGUUUUGAACAGCCUGGCUCUCCAGAAGGUCACCAUCCUGGAGGAAUAUGGUCAAGAAAGCAUCAUUCAGGAGGAGACGGCACAGAGGUCUCCACCAUCCAGGAGAAGUGUUUUGCCCCUCGCUUUGUUCAAGUGCCUCAGGAUCUCACGGUGGAAGAGGGUCGAUUCUGCAGAAUUGAUUUCAAGGUUGUGGCUUUGCCAACCCCUGAUAUCUCCUGGUAUUUGGAUGGGAAACCUAUCCGGCCGGAUGAUUAUCAUAAGAUGCUGGUGUGUGAGAAGAGCGUUCACUCCUUCAUCAUUGAGAUCGUGACUGUUCAUCAUGUAGGUGUUUAUGAAUGCGUAGCAAAGAACCGUGCUGGAGAGAGUCGCUUCUCGCUGCGUUUGGAUGUCAUCGCUCAGGAACAGUUGUGUCCUCCUACAUUUGUGGUGAAGAUGAGAAACUCACGGGCUCUGGAGGGAGAUCUGGUGAGGUUGGAGUGUAAGGUGACCGCGUCUCCAACCCCUCAGAUCUACUGGAAGAAAGAUAAAGAAAUGCUGCGCAUCGACCCCAUAAGAAUGAGUCAUUCUCAGGAUGGAUCAGGAACGCAGUGUCUGCUCAUUGAUCCUGUGCUUAAAUCUGAUGCAGGCUGGUACACUGUAUCUGCCAUCAAUGAAGCAGGCAUGUCCACCUGUAACGCCAGACUAGACGUGGGCUCUCGCUUGAAUAAAACGGGUCCUCCGCCCAAGCCAGUGAAAAUGCUUCCCAUGAUCAGCCAGUUUUCUACUCUGAGCACGGACGCUCAUCCCCGUCAUACUGCCCCUCUGUACGAGAGUGAGGAACUGUAAACACACAUGUUUAAAUCCUCACAACAUAUCAUUUAUUCAUCACAUGAGUUCACCGGCACGUGAGUUUGUUGACAAUCUACUAAAGCAGUCAUCUUAUUGCUUCUAAUAUAAAGCUUUGCAUACAUUAGCACUGAAGGAUGCUUUGACUGCUUUAUACAGCUGUAACUUGUGUUAACGGUGCAAAUAAUGAUCUGUGAAACAGUCAUGUGAAAGUUGUAUGUGAUGUGUGCAGAAGUCAAUUAUUAUUAUUUUUCUGUUACACAUUUCUGAAAUGAUUUGUGAUGUUAUUAUCCCUGGAGUUGCCAUCAUGACGAAGGGUUUGGAAAUAUGUAUCGAUUGCAGUCCGUUGCAUUAUCAAUGGUGUAUUAUAUAUAUAUAUAUGAAAACAUGAA